AUGGCUGCUGAUUGCCAUCAAGUUCGAGUUUUGUGUUAUGAGUUGCUACCGCAGGAGAAAUAUGGGUUGAUCGUCUUUCUUGCAAAUGAAUUAAUGCUAUUAUGGGAAGGCUUGGGAUUUAACAUCAUGGCCCGAGUCGAAGGUGACAGCAAGGAACCACUUAAUGAGCAAGCCGUUGCCAACAUAUAUGCUUCCAUGAGAACUGAAAUUAACCAAAUUUACUCCAAAAUCACCGAACUAGAAAUGGAGGUUAGCGAGCAUUCACUAGUGAUCAAUGCCAUUCAGCCGCUUGACCCAUCCAGAAAGUGCUACCGCAUGAUUGGGGGUGUACUUGUUGAGAGAACUAUAAAAGAAGUUUUGCCAGCUGUCCUCAGGAAUAAAGAGGGCUUGGAGGAGGUGAUUGCUCGGCUUACUGAGGCUUUGGAGAGGAAGAAAAUGGAAGUUUCCGAAUUCGAGGCCAAGUACAAAAUCAGAAUCCGUAAGGGUGAUGGUGAGAUGAAGGACGGAAGUGGUAAGAAGGAAGGAAAUGCACAGGGAGUUCUUGUUGGUCCUGCUGGGGCUAAUUCAUAGUAGUUUUGAAGUUUGUUCUCUCUUUUGUUUUGUUCUCCUCCUUUUGUACUGUCUGUUUAAUUUGUGGCAAUAUAUUGGUGUUUGGAAUGGUGAUGUUUUGUUGCCUUAUGGUAUGAUAUUUGAUGUGAUUGCAAAUGACUCUGUUUGAAGUUUGAACAAAUCGAAAGGUUUGUCUAUGUAGUUCAAAUGAUGAAUGAAUUUCGAUUGACCUGGAAAUUGGUUUAUCGUGUGGCAUCCGGGUUUGGAAAGAGUUUAUCACGAUAACUUUGUUUUGUUCCAAUGUUGUGUUGAACUAAUGGAAGCCUUUCUUUUUCCAAAAACUUUUGGGAACUUCAG